CAUAAAUAUAGACCGCUUCUCCGCGCCCAUCUCCUCCCCUACCCACCUUUCCCGCCCUUAAGCACCCUGCCAAACCCUCUUUAAACCCUCGCGUCAUACUCAAAAUUUCUCGCGUUGUUGGCUUCUCGCCGCGAUCUGUCCGGGGUGACCGAGACGGAGGACCCUCGAGCCCGAUUUCAUAGGUCUCAUUUCCGAUUUUGAGGUUUUGGGUGCUGGGGAUUCUUGGGUUGCCUUUGCUUUUGUUUGACCGGCUCUUACUUGGAGUGUGUGCGCUGCUGUCGUUAGCUCACUGCUGUCGUUAGCAGAUCUGUGUCGUUAACCACUACAAAGCCUCCGAAUCUAUUCGUUUUCGAAAGGUUCAUGCUGUUCUCCCUGAAAGUAUUGCUUUUUGAGGGCGCAAUUUUGGUUCUAGGUUGCUCGAUUUGAGCGAGGUUUUUUGGGGAUUUCUUGGAGGUUCUUGGUGGAUGAGAUUUUGAGGCGGAGGCUUGGCAGGUGCUGCGGUGGAUCUGCGGCCUACGGCGAUGUCUUCUGUCGACUCCCUCACCUCCGGCCGGAGCCGCCGCGAGGGGCCGCCCCUGCCCCGCCCGAAGCGUGUCCACGUCUACUUCGUGGACGCCGACGCCACGGACACCGACGACUCCUCCGGCGACGAGGACGAGCGCGCCAAGCGGCGCGUGCGGGAGGUCAUCCACAUCGACGUGGAGGCCGCCUCGGCUCCGACGCGGGCGGCGCAGGCGCUGGUGCUCCCGAAGAAGCGGCGGCUGCCGUCCCAGGCAGCGGCGUCGGCGCUCGUGCGGCGCCGCGCCUCCGGGGCCGGGUUCCGGCGGCGUUUCCCCGGCGUGCGGCUCCGGCCGUGGGGCAAGUUCGCGGCGGAGAUCCGCGACCCGCGCCAGCGGAAGCGGCUGUGGCUCGGCACCUUCGACACCGCGGAGGAAGCCGCCGCGGCGUACGACGACGCCGCGCUCCGCCUCAAGGGCUCCCACGUCGUCACCAAGUUCCCCGCCGAGGCGCCUUCUUCCCCCUGGUCGCGCACGAGGCUCCGCCCUCGCCGGGAGAAACCCCUGGAAACGGCGGAGGGUGCCGCGGAAGAGAGACAAGAGGCUGUCGCCUCGGCUCCGGCCCCGGCACCGGCGGCGGCGCCCGCAUCCCUGGAUCCGCAGGCGGAGGACGGCACCGCUCUGAUCUGCCCGUUCACGUCGCCGACCUCCGUUCUCCGUUUCGCCGCUGACGAGGUGCCGGCCGCGCCCGCCCUGCCGGCGUUCGAGUUCCUCUACUCUGGGCUUGGUGAGCUCUGCGACCUCGGCGCAGCGACGGCGCCGUCGAAGGCGGCUGCGGCGGCGGAGUUCGACUGCCUGCCGUGGUGGGAGGGCGAGGACUUCGUGACGGCGACAGGCCUCACGGCGUCAGCCGGCGCUGCCGUCAGCGUGAUAUGACGGCGUCACCUUUUGCACCCCCUCGGGGAUCGGGCCUCGGCCUGCUGUGCCGUGCCGGACGCCCAGGGCGGGAACUGGCGGGACACGCGCGCCGUUUUGGGCGCUCGAGGCGGGAACUGGCGGGAGACGCGUGGGCGGCCGUGCAGCGGGGCCCAGCGGCAUCCAAGUAAAAAACUAGUAUUUUAUUUAUUAUUAACUGCUGCUGCUAGAGCAGUGGCCAGUGGGCACUGGAGCAGUGACUGUGAGUGGUUGCUUGUGGCGGCGAGUCCGUGGCGUGGCGUGGCGGGCCCCACGGGCUCUGCUUUCUCUGCGCGGGUGCCUUGAACCGCACGGCUCCCGCGUGGAAACGCAGCAGUGUCAUGUUUUUGGAGUGGAGUGGCAGUGUGUGGUCUGUGACUGUGACUUCGAGUCGCUGAUUGUAAUUGCUGGUCGUCGUCGUGAAAUGUAAUGUUGGUGGUAAGCUAGCGAUUAGUGGCCUUUGAUGUAUUA